CGAGAUGUCCAGCUUGCAGGGAUAUGUCGAUCACCGCGUACUCCUCGUCCUCCAAGAUGGCCGCUCCAUUGUAGGAGUCCUGGCUGGUUUUGAUCAAAAAGCGAAUGUAGUCCUUUCUGACUCGAAAGAACGCGUGUACAGUCUUGAGGAGGGCGUAGAAGAGAUACCAUUGGGCCUCUACCUGGUGAAAGGUGACAUGAUCGUCCUUAUUGGCGAGAUCGAUGAUGCAGUAGACUCAUCUGUCGACCUCUCGACUAUCCGUGCCGAGCCCAUUCCACCAAUCCGGUACUGAUGCUCGUGCUGGUCACCCAUGCAGUACCCACGAGACAAACAUGGGAAUCUAGUUUGCGAUUACACCCCCAGCAUGCCCAUUUCCACCCACCCGAGUCGCCCUAUGACUUCAAACCCAAAAGACAUACGCGGGAUAGCUUUCGCCUAGCCAGUUUACGUGUCAACUUAUCUGCGCUCGAGCCGAUUUUGACUCAGUAGGUUGGAAAGGAGUUUAAUUCGGUUCAAUGAGGUUGGCGGAAGAAUGACAGUAAUGGUGAAAGAGACGCGUGGAACGUCGAUUCUUGAAGACCACUCCGGAAUGACCUAUGCAGACACGGUAUACCGCCAACGUAGGGGGACUCCAUUGGACUCGCAAUCA